CUCCAACCUCCACUCGGCACUCGACCACUCUCCCCUGCUCACCCCUGCCCUGCCCUGCCUACCUACUCCUCCACCACCACCGCCGCGGCCAUGGACGACAUCGCCGAGCCCGGCUCCCCGACCUCCCCAACGGCCACCUCCUCCUCGUCUUCAUCGUCGUCGUCUUCGUCUCUCGCCGCGAACAAGCGGCCGCGCAAGGACAGCCGGCACCCGACCUACCACGGCGUGCGCAUGCGGAGCUGGGGCAAGUGGGUGUCCGAGAUCAGGGAGCCCCGCAAGAAGUCGCGCAUCUGGCUCGGCACCUUCGCCACCGCGGAGAUGGCCGCGCGCGCCCACGACGUGGCCACGCUCGCCAUCAAGGGCCGCGCCGCCCACCUCAACUUCCCGGACCUGGCGCACCUGCUGCCCCGCCCGGCCAGCGCCGCGCCCAAGGACGUCCAGGCGGCCGCCAUACUCGCCGCCUCCGCCGACUUCCCCUGCGGCGCCAGUGCCAAUGCCAAGAGCCCCGACAGCGGCUCCGACGCCAGCGCCGCCUCGCCGCCGCCUCCGCCUCCGCCGCACGCCGAACCGGUCCCGGACCCAGAAGACGCCCUGUUCGACCUUCCCGACCUGCUCCUGGACCUGAGAUAUGAGGCCUCGGCGGGCCUCCCGUGCGCGUCGUCCUGGGUGGUCGACGAGGACAUCGUCGGCGCCGGCGUGUUCCGCCUCGAGGAGCCACUCCUGUGGGAGUACUGAUCAUCGUCGCUGCAGCAGAAGGUUCCCACCGUUCCAGUCGCUUCACACAUGGCUCUUACUACUUCGGGAUUGGACCGAUCAGAGACAUGGAAAUGCACCUCGUUCCGUCAAUCUUCUUAUUACUAUCUAUCUAGGACGUCGUCGUCUUCCUCCGUCCGUCCGGUGCUGCUCUGCUGUGUUUUUCCUUUCUUCUUUUCCAAGUUCUGUUUCCGGUUCCCUCUGCCUCCUCUUGCUGCGUUUUUACUUUUCCUUUACCAAAAUUAGGAUGCGAGACUGUAUAAAGUUAGUUUCUUUUCCUCCCGGCCUUGCUUGAUUUGGGGGACAAGAAUAUGUAUAAUUAACAAGCAUCUUAUCUUACCUUA